AUGCCUCAGAAAGAUUUGGUUGAGGGCGGGUACGUGAGUAUUAAUGGCUCCGAUUAUUACAUCGAACUCUUUGGCCGAUCCAGAGCAGAUGCAACAUUCAACUGCGAGUUGAAAAAUAUGACUCUCGUAUCGUUCUACGAUACCAGUGAAUGGCAAAACAUUCGAGAGUGGCUUGUCUUCAACGGAUACGAAUUUUACUGGUUCUGGACAAGUGCAAUCCGACACAAAAACUCAAUUACAUGGAUCUGGGAAUCAAAUGGAGAAUUGGUCACUGGAUUCUACUGGGGAUUUGGCCAACCAGAUAUCCCGCAAGGAGAGUCCGAAACCUACAUGUAUUUUCGCCCUUGGAGUGGUGGCUGGGAUGACGGUGACUCUCCAAACCUUUCGCUGAGCUCGAUUUGCGAAUAUGAAUGA